GCUGGCCAGCAGGUGGCGGUGACGCGCCUCUACAGUUGUGAACACUAACGAAGAAGAAGAAGAAGGCGGAAGUGGAGCUCAGAGCAACAUGGCGAACAUUCGGUGUGUGAAGGGCAUGGUUGGCCUGGUGACGGGCGGUGCGUCCGGUUUGGGUCGGGCCACCGUGGAGCGUCUGGUCCAGUACGGAGCGUCUGCUGUGAUCCUGGACCUGCCGUCCUCCGACGGACCGGCUCUGGCCGCCAGUCUGGGAGAACGCUGCGCAUUCGCUGCUGCAGACGUGACGUCGGAGGCAGACGUGCAGGCGGCGGUGUCGCUGGCCAGAGAGCGGUUCGGGAGGUUGGACCUGGCGGUGAACUGUGCCGGCAUCGCUGUCGCCGUUAAAACCUACAACUUUAAGAAGGACGUACCUCACAGCCUGGAGGACUUCCAGAGGGUCAUCACUGUGAACAUUGCAGGAACCUUUAAUGUGAUCCGUCUGGCGGUGGGGGAGAUGGGGAAGAACCAGCCGGAUGCAGACGGACACCGAGGCUGCAUCAUCAACACGGCCAGCGUGGCGGCCUACGAUGGACAGGUCGGCCAAGCAGCAUAUUCAGCCUCUAAAGGUGGCAUCGUGGGAAUGACCCUCCCCAUCGCAAGAGAUCUGGCACCCAUGGGCAUCAGAGUCCUCACCAUAGCACCCGGUCUGUUCUCCACUCCUCUACUGGCUGGUCUUCCAGAGAAGGUGCGCACCUUUCUCGCCCGCCAGGUGCCCUUCCCGUCACGCCUGGGAGACCCCGCCGAGUUUGCCCACCUGGUGACCUCGCUGGCCGAGAACCCCAUGAUUAACGGAGAGGUCAUCAGACUGGACGGCGCCAUUCGCAUGCAGCCCUGAGACAGAUGGCGAAGUGUCCUGAGUGGCCACGUUGAUCAUCACCUUCAUCCAAUCAAGAGGACAUUUGAAUGUGUGGCUGCCUGCUGUGAUGAUGUUGGAGACAGCUGCAGAUAUACACAGUAUGUACUGUAUUUAUGUAUUAUUAUCAUCUGAUAAUAAUACAUAAAUACACAGUAUGUACUGUACUUAUGUAUUAUUAUCAGCUGUGAUGGAUCACUAACACCAUGUAGUCCAGGUUGUGUGUGAGACUGUGAGAGAAAGUGUGUAAACCGUCUGUACGUGGUUCAGAGCGUUGCAGUACUUUCUGCUCUCCACUUUGGUUCUUUUGUAAACUAAUCUACGUUAUAAUAAACCUCAGAUGGGUUUGAUUAUCUAUUCAAGCUUU